AUGUCUCCUCCCACCACCGAAAACACCCCCCUCCUCGCCGACGAUGCCACCGCUAAAGACCCCGAGGUACCCGCAGCCCUCGACCUAGACAAGCCCAGGAUCCCCGGCGUGAGGCUGAGCGUCAUCCUGCCCGCAAUUAGUAUCGGUGUUUUCCUUGCGGCAAUGGACAACACGAUUGUUGUGUCGUCUUACGGCAUCAUUGGUACGGAGAUGAAAGAGCUCAACCGAACCUCAUGGAUUGCGACUGCAUAUCUCCUCACACUGACGAGCUUCCAGCCACUCUAUGGCAAGCUGAGCGACAUCUUUGGCCGCAAGCAGGCCCUACUCUCCUCAUACUUCAUUUUCGGCAUCGGGUGCUUAGGCUGCGGCCUCGCCCGGAGCAUGAACGAGCUGAUCAUCGCAAGGGCCUUCGCCGGAAUCGGUGGUGGCGGCAUGACAACCGUAGCCUCCAUCCUCCUCAGCGACAUUGUCUCCCUCCGCGCCCGCGGCACCUUCCAAGGCCUCAUCAACAUCGUCUUCGCCACCGGCGCGGCCGUCGGCGCCCCCCUCGGCGGCCUAUUUGCCGACAGUAUCGGCUGGCGGUGGUCCUUUCUCUCCCAGGUGCCGCUCACCUGGAUCGCCAUCCUCGUGGUGUCCCUGUUCCUGCACCUCCCGCCGCCGCCCGUGGCGGAGGGCUUCCGCAAGCAGAUCAAGCGCGUUGACUUCUUGGGCGCGGCGAUCCUGGUGUCUGCGGUAUUCUCGCUGCUCGUUGGUCUUGACAGGGCCGGGAAUGUUAUGCUGAACGACAACAUCGUUAUCGGAACAAUGACUUUCGCGCUGCUGGCGUUUUCGCUGUUUGUGUACGUCGAGGGCUACAUCGCUGCUGAGCCUUUCGCUCCCGGACCCAUCGUCAAGGAGCGUACAAUCCUCGCCAGCUCAGUGUCUGUGUUCUUUGCGUUCGGCGGCUACAUGGGCACGCUCUUCUACAUCACACUUUACUACCAAGCCGUUGCCGGUCUCUCCGCCGCCGAGUCUGGUCUGCGCAUCGUCCCUGCAAUCAUCGGCGGCGUUAGCGGCUCGCUGUUUGGAGGGAUCAUGAUGCAGACCACGGGCAAGUUCUACCACCUCACUGUUGGCGCGUACUGCGUGUUUGCGUGUGGGUUCCUCCCGAUCCUGCUGCUGACGGGAUAUUUGGGAAGGAGCACGCUGGGGAUUAGUUUGGGAUUGGUGGCGACCGGAUUUGGAAAUGGUAUUGGUGUGACGAGUACGUUGAUUGCUGUUAUUUCAGCGGCGGGGGCGGAGGACCAAGCGGUGGCCACGGCGGUCACGUAUUUGUUUAGGGCGCUGGGGACGGUGACUGGCGUUAGUGUUGGCAGUAUGCUGGUUCAGGGGAGCUUGAGGAGAGAGCUCAGUGAGAGGCUUAAUGGCACUGAUGCAGAUGAGAUUGUGAGGAGGGUCAGGCAGUCACUCAAAUUCAUCAACGAGCUACCUCAGGAAACAAAGGACAUUGUCGUCAACUCGUAUGAGCACGCUGUGCAUGCUGCAUUCGUACUCGGCUUCACAUUUGCUGUGUGUGCCGCACUAGCUUCCAUGUUCAUCAGGAACAAAAGUCUCUGA